AUGUGUGCUUGUUUUGAAGCGUGUACAUACCUCCAAGUACACAUUUACUAUAUUAAUAUGCGACCUCAUCAAUUGGAACUGGUAUCAUCACAAGUGAAUCUCGCUGCAUCAAAAAUGCCAGGAAAUGAGUUGUCCGAAAUGUUCAACAGUAUCCCACCCGUCACUCGAUACUGGUUUUCGGGCACAAUAUUGUUCUCUCUCCUCGGCAAACUGAAUAUCAUUGAUCCCAUGCGUAUGAUUUUGCUAUGGGAUAGAAUAUUUUCUCAUUUCGAGAUAUGGAGACCAAUUACAGCGUUGCUAUUCUACCCAGUCUCUCCUUCCACUGGAUUUCACUUUUUAAUCAACCUGUACUUCUUGUAUUCUUAUUCAUCUCGGCUGGAAAACGGAAUGUUCCUAGGACGCACUGCGGACUACGUAUUUAUGUUCAUGUUUACAUGGCUAACACUUGUGAUUGUGAGCUUUUUGGCUGCAUUUUACGUGCUUUUGGAACCAAUGGUACUCACAGUACUAUACAUAUGGAGUCAACUUAAUCGUGAUGUUCCUGUUCAGUUCUGGUUUGGUAUGCAAUUUAAAGCGAUGUACUUCCCUUGGGUGUUAGUAAUAUUUAACUUGAUUGUUCGCGGCAGUGCAAUGAUGGAACUGGUUGGAAUAAUCGUAGGACAUCUUUACUACUUCUUCGUUUUUCAAUAUCCACAGGAAUAUGGUGGUCAAGCAAUACUAAAAACUCCUGGGUUUCUAUACAGACUUUUUCCGAACCAACGAGGUGUUGUAACUGGCUUUGGAGAGGCACCCCGCGCAAGACAGCAGACCGCAACAAUUGGGAGAUUUCCAGGCCGUGGGCAGGUAUUGGGAAAUACUGACUAA